GUUCUCCAACUCAUACGACUAACAUGGUCGUAUGCACCUUUGCUCAAAUACGACUACCUAUAGCGUAUCAUAAAAUAGCGCCCCUACCGGCAGCGGGAGAUGUGCCACAGCCUCUUCGCCUUGAUGCAUUGUGGGUCUCUACCAUAAACGAGGAUUACAGGUAUGUUAUCAGUGAACCUUGAUAAUCUAAUAAUUUGAUAACAAAAUAAUAAUGCUAGGGCGUUUUGUGUUGUUUCAUCUUUGUUUGUGGUGAUGUAGUUGUUCAGGUACGUUAUGCUACUUGGGAAUAAAGUAAAAGGACAUUACGAAAUAUCACAAAUAAAUAAAUAAAUGCAAAAGUUAAACAUUACGAACAUAAGUGACAUUGAACUUUGCUUUUAUUAAAAUACGUCGUCACAAUAAAUAUUCGAAAAAGAUCGAUUUUUGUCAUUGGACAAAUAUUAAGAACGUUAGGCCUAUAACGUUAUAAUUCUGUCGUCUGUUCAGUAUUCGUCGCGUUUCAAAUCAACAAGGUAUGUUUCCCAUAAUUUUAACAUUUUUUAGGGUUAGACCAUUUAGUAAAGUUAGUAUCUUGCGAUAUUGAUUCGAAAUUGGAAACGUUGUGGUUAAGGGACUAUGUAAAAGUGCACACAUUUUGAAAACGUGCAUGGUGCCACACAUAUUUCGCUUAUCUGACUCGAUCAUGCAAAUACAUUGUUUUUUCCUUUCUGAUUCAUUUAUACAGGUGCAAAUCUAGGAACAGAACAAAUAACGCUAGAAGACAGACACCAAAGGUGAUUAACCAAAUGCCUACUCUAAAGGAUUGCUACACAUGCAGGGAAAAGAUUGGAGUAGCCAGCAAAACAUGUCCAUACUGUAGGGCCAAACAGCCAUAUAAGCAAAUGCUUGAGAAAAAAAGAAACAGCUUUCCCAGGAAUGGAUAGACAGACAAAAAAAAACUGCAGUGUGAACAAAAUUUAUGAUUCAACAAAUCUUCUGCUCCACAAGUGGGAACUUUUAGAGAGGUACCCAGUCCUUCUCCUUGCCAGGAGAACCUCAGAUGGUUUCUCUGCUGAAUGCUUCUGCCCAUGGAAGAAUGAGACCGAAGACACUCAGGACGCUUUUCUUACUAUAAAGAGAUUAUACGAAAGUCUUCUUAAUGUGGCUAUUGCAGAUAAAGAAGUAAACGGCAUGGGAGAAAGUUCUGUCACAAAUGGCACAGAGACUCCACCAGCAAACUCCACACCUCUGUCCACCUGUAAUGUGGCUAUUGCAGAUAAAGAAGUAUCCGGCAUGGGAGAAAGUUCUGUCACAAUCACAAAUGGCACAGAGACUCCACCAACAGACUCCACACCUCUGUCCACCUGUAAUGUGGCAAACGCAGAUAAAGCAGCAAGCAGCAUGGUAGAGAGUUCUGCAACAAACAGCACACAGACUCCACCAGCAGACUCCACAGCAGACUCUGAUUCAGAGCUUACGCAUGAGCCUGUCACUUUUUUCCUUCCUCCUGAAUCUUCCUUUUUGGCUUCUCCUGAUUCCUUUACCACCCCCUCUCCUAUGCCUUUAUCCAUCGCUCCUCUGGUGUCCCCCCAGACUCAUCAUGUUUUCAAGUCCUCUCAGUCUAGUUCUGGAUCUUCUUCCCCGGCUUCUCCUCUGCCACCACCCCCUACCCUUUCUACCUGUUCUAAACUGUCCACUGAGCUAGGCAGUCUAAGCCCAGUAUCUUCCUCACGGAAAAAAGGACAAAUAAAGAGGAAAGCAGACCCUAAAGAAUGCCCCAUGCAUGAAGAAUCAACCAGUUUCCCCUACAAAAAAAUAUUAAGGAAAAGAAUCAGGGAGGGCCAUACGGAGGUGUUGGUUCAGUGGCAUCCUUGCUCUGGAUGUGGGAAAAAGUGGAAGAACUCCUGGGAGCCAAGUGGAAACAUUCAGAGUUUAUCCUGAAGAUGUGUGUGUGUUUGUUGUGUGAAGAUGUGUCAUGCCUUUUAUGACAGUUACAGAGUUCUGAUAUACAGUAUGUUUGUUUUGUUUUGUUUUGUGCUUGCUUUGUAAAGCAUAUAGUCAUUCUGUGUUGUGUGUUUGAUGACUAAACAACAUUAAAAACAAUAUGUCACUGGC